AUGAAGAACCUUUCCCUUGCAGCUUUUCUCCUCUCCCUCUCCGGCUCCCUCACAGCAGCCUGGAACGUCACCGCAUACAGCAACACAGACUGCACCGGCUACCUGACCUCCACCUGGGGGGAGCAGAACUGGGGCUGCUACUUCCUUACGGGCGUCACCAAGCCCAUUCAAGCGAUGAGCGUCGAGAAUCUUCCAGACGGGUGGAGGUUCAUCGCAUCGAGUGGCACGGGCUGCGAUUACUUUCAUCAGGCCGGUGGAAACGGAUGUUACACCCAGAGCCAGGGAUUUCAGUCAUUUGAGAUCAUUGGGUCGAGCACCUGA